AUGGUGGACGCGAAGGAGAAGGGGUUCUGGACAGAGGCGAUGGCGACGUCUGAUCCUGAGCUCUAUGCUCUUAUUGGCGGGGAGAUUGAAAGGCAGAAGAGUACAAUAAACCUAAUAGCAAGUGAGAACUAUGCUCAUCUGAGUGUGAUGGAGGCAAGUGGGUCUGUACUGACCAACAAGUACUCUGAGGGUAAGGUGGGAGGAAGAUACUACGGAGGGACUGAGUGGGUGGACAGGAUCGAGGUUCUCUGCCAGAAGAGGGCUCUUGACCUGUUUUCGUUGGAUCCCGAGGUAUGGGGGGUCAAUGUGCAAGCAUACUCUGGGAGCCCUGCAAACUUUGCUGUCUACACAGGGAUUGUUCCUCCUGGAGGGAGGAUCAUGGGGCUUGACCUGCCGUGCGGAGGGCACCUGACACACGGAUACAAGACAAAGACAAGAAAGAUAUCUGCCACCAGCGUUUACUUUGACUCGAAGCCUUACAGGAUAGGCGACGAUGGGCUUAUUGACUACUCUGGGCUUGAGAAGUCCUUCAUGGAGUUUCUGCCGCAGAUACUGAUCUGCGGGUACAGUGCAUAUUCUCGGGACAUUGACUACAAGAGGCUUUCGCAGAUAGCAAGCAAGAACAAUGCGUUUCUGUUUGCAGACAUUUCGCACAUCUCUCCGUUGAUUGCCUCUGGCCUGAUGGAGAGCCCGUUCAGGCACUGUGACGUGGUUAUGACAACGACGCACAAGGGGCUGCGGGGGCCUCGCGGGGCUCUUAUUUUCUAUAGGAAGAGCGUGAGGAAAGGGGAGGAUGUUGUGGAUCUUGAGACGAAGAUCAACUUUGCAGUGUUUCCGAUGCUGCAGGGGGGACCGCACAACCACACGAUUGCAGGGAUUGCCUCUGCGCUUCUGCAUGCAAGGACACCCUCGUUUGCGGAGUACACGAGCCGGGUUGUGGAGAACUCGAGGGCACUGUGCAACUACCUGCUGUCUCUAGGAUUUGAGAUUCCCACUGGGGGGACUGACAACCAUAUGUUUCUGGUGGAUCUCAGGAGUAAGGGGGUUGAUGGAAGCAUUGUGGAGCAAGUGUGUGACAGGCUUGGGGUGAGUGUGAACAGAAACACUGUUGUUGGAGACACCAGCCCACUGAAUCCGUCUGGAAUACGCAUUGGCACGUAUGCAGUGACUGCCCGAGGGUUUGGGACUAGCGAGAUGAAGGAGGUUGGAGACAUAAUCAACGGCAUUGUCACUCUGUGCAGAGAGAUGUCCAUGGGGAAGAGGAUGUCCAAGGCAGAAGUUGAGAAGGCGGUGUCCAGCAAGGAGUUUAUGUGCAAUGGCCUGGUUGUGGAUCUGAGAAGGAGAAUAUCCAAUCUUGUGGAGGCAUAUCCUAUUUACCGGUAG